AUGAUAACUCGUCUGGGUCAUUCGAAUUCCACCAGUAACGACGGAAAUUCCAGUAGUCAUAACGAAUUUGUGGUGAAUCAGGAAUGGAAAUUGAUUAAGCGCAUUGGCUCCGGAUCAUUUGGAGAAAUUUUCCUUGCAGUAAACAAGAAGACCAAGGUGGAAGCAGCUGCUAAAUUAGAACUAAUUCGGUCCGGCUUUCCAAUACAACUCAAAACGGAGUAUGAUCUUCUCAAACUACUAAACAACGCUUCUGGGAUUACAAAGCUCUUUUGGUUUGGACGUGAUGGAGUUCAAAAUCUUUACACAGUUCUAGUAAUGGAAUUGCUGGGACCGAGUCUAGAGGAUCUGCACGUCUACUGUGAUUUAAAAUUCUCCCUCAAAACUGUCGCCAUGUUGGCUGAUCAGAUGAUUAAGAGGAUUGAAACUGUGCAUAAGUGUGGUCUAGUGCAUCGUGAUUUGAAACCAGACAACUUUGCAAUGGGGACAGGACAAAACAUAAAUACUGUGUAUAUCAUCGACUUUGGUCUAUCAAAGUUUUACAUCGAUCCAAAUACCCAGGAACACUAUCCUUUUCGCGAUUUUCGUAGUCUAACUGGCACAGCUCGAUAUUGCAGCAUUAACGCUCAUGCCGGAUGUGAACAGUCGCGUAGAGAUGAUUUGGAAUCCUUGGGAUACGUUUUGGUCUACUUAACUAAGGGACAUCUGCCCUGGCAGGGAUUGCAAGCCGAGAGUAAACGCGAAAAAUUCCGCAAGAUCUACAAGACGAAACAGAGUGUCAAAGCCGAGGUACUGUGCGAGGGACUGCCGGAGGAAUUUCUUAAAUACAUAAACUAUUGCAGAAGUCUAGCCUACGAGGAGGAGCCCAAGUACAGGUAUUUGCGGAGCCUUUUUUGGAAAGUUAUGGACAAAAAUGGAUACAAGUAUGACGCGCAGUAUGAUUGGAUAGCACCUGCUUCAACGUAG